CGCAACAAUACCCAGCUCUUGAAUAGACUGCAAAUCUGCAACCACCUGCUAGUACUACCUCUGCUUCGUCCCCACCAUCCCUCCCGCCAUCGCGGACCAGUACAAGGGCUUGUUGCAUAUUCCACACUGUUUCUACGCCAUCCCGGCAUACAUGCAACAUGUGCGCGGUCUUGCGAAGACGCAUCCUCAGCAGCGAGUGUGCUUCCAGCCAGUUCUCACUGUCCGGUGGCAUCCACAGAACAUGAAGGUCCUCGUAUCCAAAGGGAGACGCAGAGCGGUCGCUUCAACACUUACAGCGACUGUGGAUGAUGAGACGCAGGAAGGGAGGGUUCCACGGAAGGAGUUCAGUGAUUCCCUGCUGAGCUGGAGGUUAGCCGUCCUACGCAAGCACGAAACCGCCGUCUCAAACCAUCUAUCGCGGACGCGAAGACGGCCAACCGGUCAUAACUCAAGCCUGUACGCGCCCGAGUCGUCCAGCAGUGUCUCCCGUCGCACUGGAAGCUGUUCAUUAGUUGCACCUCGUAGCUGCUCUCGGCAUACGUAUGCAACCAAGAGUGGCCGACGCUCCUACUCUACAUCUGGGGCAACCGAUGUGACGUCUAGCGUACCCAUUGAUACGUCUGCAAUACUCGACUUCUUCAAGGCGUCUGCAGCACCCGGCAGCCGCAUACCCUCAGCACCCGACGGAAGUGACGACAACUUCACCAUUCCCAGAGUAUCUACGAGGGUUCGGAAGGCCCGUGCAGAUGCCGUGCGAAGAGUGAAUGCAGUCAUGCAGAAGUCGUUCGGGACACGAUUUGAGGUUACUGUGUUCGGAAGUACUCUGUACGGUACGGACACUGCCGACAGCGAUCUCGACCUUGUCAUACUGGAUCAAAAGAGACCCAAAAUGCUGUCACCAACUGACGAUGAAGAGCUGCGUGGACCGUACAAUCUCCAAGCCGUUGCAGCUACACUCAGGAGGGCAAAGCGGCGAUCAGUCCCCAUGUUCACCAACAUUGAAACCGUUGGCAAGGCCGUCGUCCCUAUUGUGAAGUUCAAGGACACGGCAACGAGGAUAUAUUGUGACAUGAAUGUCAACGAUCAGCUGGGUGUCCUGAACACUUCGCUCAUCAUGCGAUAUUGCAUUCUUUCCCCACUUGUCCGUCCGAUGAUGUUCGUCAUCAAAUACUGGGCGAGACAUCGCGGGCUGAAUGAGCCAACGGGCCCGCAGCCGGCAUUCAACAGUUAUACGCUUGCUUUGAUGACUAUCGCCUUUCUCCAGAUGCGUGGUUUGCUCCCAAACAUUCAGAGCGGCCACGACGGCGAGUACCCCGACGAGGAUAACUACGUCUGGUUUCGGAAGGUCACUCGUCUGACAGGGGAGAUAACACAUAUGAAGUGCGACACCUUCGUUCGGCCUAUGCGCGAGUUUAAGCCUGCCCGCGAUACACCUUCCCUGAGACAAGCACUUGUCGAAUGGUUCGACUAUUGGGCAUCUGAGCAUGAUUACAGUAAGACCGCCGUCAGUGUGCGUGACGGCGGAAUGAUCGCAAGGAUGCACAUUGUCACCCGUCAUUCAAGCUGCCCAGUAACUGGCGACCACUUGCGUCCUCAAGCCCUAGACGAGAUCGCUUGGGACGACGGCGAUGUGCAGAUGACUCGGCACCGGGAGGUUGCUACAUCAAACGAACGGAUGGCUUUCCUGCGGCCGCCGAUGUGUGUGCACGAUCCUUUCAUCCGUUUGAAAGUGGGUGCUUCUCUGCACUGGUAGCCGCAGUAUUGACUUCGUGGCCGGGUGUAGAACUUGACGGUGGCCGUCUCAAAGCAGAAUGUCAACCAGUUCAAGGAAGGGUGUGCACAGGCCAGCAAGCUUCUGCAGGAAGGGUUGCCCAUUCAGCUCCUUAUGUCCAAACGCCUCGCGAAGUGUCCAGUCAAUAUCCCGACGCUCGAGCCCUCCGGCGGCAUGUCAUUGUAGUCAUACCAUAGGUUAUUCGGCUUUACUGUUUUGAAUGCAGACGACGAGAGCCUCUCGAAUGGUUCCAUCUACGUGCUUGGUCGUCGGCAUGAACUUGCCGUUGAAUCUCGUAUGGUGGUCUUUGCUUUGCGAGCCCGCGCUAUAUGCUUGUGAUCUGCUUUCGGACAUGGAGGUCGUCGCGCGAUCGUUGGGGUGGUACAUCGCCUUGUAUCGUCGCGGUCGAGCUCCGGUUAAUUUCCGGUACAAGUGAGUGCAUUGCUUCUAG